CUAUCACAAAGAUAACUGGAAACAUGUCAGUGGACGUAAAUGUCAAGUAAAAUGCUUAACCUGUGAGUCUGGCAAGAAGGUCCGCAAGAAUUGGUCGCAGCUUCAAAUCAGAAACAUUUUUCACUCCGACUACUGGAGUUGUAGAUCUGUUACAGGCUGCACUUAUUUCUUUACUUUUAUGAACUUUAGGCAAACCGUAAACAUUUCUUUGUUUAACCUCAAAAUUGUGUAAAUAGUCAAAUUCUUUUUCAGUGAAGCAGUUUUCAAAUUCUUGAAUCAGUUUAUCAUAUUUUAUCCUAUCGAUUCGUAUGGGGUCCUCAGCUAAUUGUUCGUAGUAUCCUGUAUCGUUCAGCAUAAUAUUACCUAUAUCUUUAUAAUGUAACGAAUCUAUAAAAUAUAAAUCAUGAAUAGAUUUAAUUUGAAAGGCACCGUUAUGAUACUGAUAACACCUUAAACACAGAGAUAAUUGUUGAUUUUUGUCCUGAUACACGAAAAGCAGAUAAAAUGGUAACUAAUAACAUAUAUAACCUGAUUCUGUUUAGAGAAAAUGGAGCCAAUUGAAUUAGACAUUAAUUAGUUCGAAUAUUCAGAAAGCGAAUGUUAUAUGCGACAGAAUGAUAUACCUUGUGGUAACAUUGACAGUAACACAUAUUGGAAUCCACCAACACAACAAACGAGAUAUAAAAAAAAAUAUAAUAAUACAGACAAAAAGUACACUGACUUUGAUAAUUAGAAUUCUGCAGUAAACACAUCUAUUGAUAAUUCAGUUGUAUUUCAAGAUGACGGUAACAUAAUUAUCUAAAUUAAGAAACUGUUUCAAGUGAGCCUAAUGUGUCGAACGACCAUUCAUACAGUGCUAUAGAUAUACCUGGUUUGACAAAGAACGGUCCAGAUAAGGAAAUUUCAGAAAGCAGUGAUCGAGGCAUGAAAUGGUUGAAAGAUACUACAUAUUGGCAAAAGAAAAAAGAGAAAAAGAAAGAAAACAUCAGAGUGGUAAAGAGUAUGUUAGUCUGAAAGGAAAUUGCAAGCAAAGACGAAAUAUUAAACUCACAAAGGACUGCGAAGGAAGGUGUCGCUUUGGAUGUGAAAAUUAUUUCAUUGAGAGUGAAAUCGAGGAUACUCACAAACAGUUCUGGUGUCUAAAUGAAGACAUGAAUGGCGAAGCAUUCAGAACGGCUGAACCAAUAAAAAAUUUCAAAGCCGCAGUUGGGGAGAACAUCAUCUAUAGUGAGUUACAAGCGGAAGAAACAGGGGCUCUUUAGUAACAGGUGAGUGAAAACAUUUAUGUAUAUGAUUUAAAGAUUCUUUAUAUGUGGUGAAAGUAGAUAUCACUGUUUGUUAUAAAUGAUUUUCAGUAAGCAUACCCCAUGUAUGAAGAAAAUAAUGAAGGCUACACUGGAGUCAUGCAUGUUUGUCCAUCAGUAUGUCUGUCCAUUUAUCAUGUCCGCUUUUUAUCUUCUUAAUCAUUUGAAAUAUUUCCAUAUAACAAGCAUCACUAUUGUUGACCUCAUUCAGACAAUGUGCAGAGCAAGGUCACUAGAUCUAAGGUCAAGGCUUUACAGGCAAACUGGGCCGGUAAUAGGCAUAUUGUACUUGAUUUUGAGGGAAAACAGACAGAACACACUAAACAUGCACAUUGGCGACCUUUACACAGAAUAGAGUAUAAAUCUUCAUUCCUGAAAUUAUGAACUGUAUAAUGCAUUACUAUCUUGCGAUUCUUACAGUUUUAGUAUCCGAAAACCCGAAAUGAGAUCACUCGGACAAUGAGAGGUUUGGAUGGGAAAUGGCUGUCUUGUCUACCACGGUUGUUUCAGCCAGAACGUAUCUAAGACAAUUGCUUGGUGUUGUGAAUGGGUAAAUAACUUUUA